AUGACAUCUGAUCCAAGGGAUGAUGCCUUCAGACAAGACCGCGAGACCUUAUUAGAUGGUAAGAAAAGAUUCUUCAAUUCGGUGACCUUCCUCAAUUAAUGGCUUGCUUUCUAGCAGUUGAAAGCGCUGUGAUCAAAACACCCAGCCAGAAACCCAAGCAUGAGAAACCAGAUUCAGCACCGAUCCAUGCAGCUUCCGCAUUUGCUCAGCACGUAUUGGAGAAUUCGUCCUCUCAAUUUGGAGAAUCGACAACUGGUAGUAGUUGCGAGCUUUCAGACAAAGGCGGCGAACUUCAUAGAACCGUAUCGGGGCACGUCGUGAACCCCCAUCAGAUUGUACCAGUGUUUUCGCGAACAGAACAGGAGGCAGCUACUAUACACUCUGUACCGGUAUGUGUUGGCCUUCUUCAAUGUUAUUUUGAAGGGAUGCUGAUUUUAUGAAGGAUCAUGAUCCCUUACGACAGCCAAUAGAGGGCAGAAUUGAGAUAAUGCUUGACUAUCGAGAGCAACUGAAUGGUCACGAAAUCCGAGAAAAUGAGAAACGCAAAGAGAUAGAGCUAUUAAUUGCUAAUCAGAACGGAGAAAAAACUGGUAUUGUUUGCAGAUAUUGCAUCAGGCGCCAGGUAAGCUUCUACAGUAUUUUUCGCAGCCUGUAAUAUGAUUGUUUUCUUUUAUUGGUUUGUGUUUAUGGUUCGUCAUUCUAAUAUACUACUAGAUUCGCUGUUUUGGAUUUGAUACACACCCGGAAGGUCUUCGCGCAAACUGUUGUCGCUUCCACCAGGACUGCUUCUUUGAUCCAAUCUAAACGCGCCGAAUUUCCGGUCUCAGGCUCAGCCUUCAUGCAGGAGCAACGCCCCAAUUGUAUGGAGAGCAUGGUGAACGAAAGUUGA